AUACAAACGCGGAUCCAGAAGAUAUCAAUAUAAUUAAUGUAAAGAUUUCCACCAGUAAAUACCUAGUAGUUACUCCAAAGUGGCUAGGCUGUAACCCAAUUUCAAGGAACCUCGCUUGCACGCUAACUUUUAGCACAGAAGCUAAGAAUAAAAGUUAUUCAAGCCUUUACCCUACCGCUUGACCUCACCUCUACAUACUGUCAGGUUUCAAGUAUGGAACAAAGUACACAUAUCGACGACCUGAUUCAACUAGAAAGAAAAAUUUCUGUACAAAAUCUUGCUGCUACAAAUUUAGGAGGUUCCAACAACUUCUUAAACGUCAUGCGUUUGACUUCAGCGCUGAAAAGUACUAUAAUCUACGCAACACUUAUUUUUGUCUUGUAUUAUGGAAUUCUCGCUAUAUACAACAUCUACUUUCACCCGCUUCGAAAAUUUCCAGGUCCCAAAUUGAGAGCUGCGUCGGACUGGCCGUACGUUGUUUCCCUACUGCGAGGCACCUCACCGCAGGACAUGCUGGAAAUGCACAAAAAAUAUGGACGAGUAGUGCGCGUAGCGCCCAAUGAACUUACCUUUGUUAGCCCUGCAGCCUGGACAGAAAUUUAUGGGCAGAAAAGACGUGGUCAGGAAGAGCUCGUUAAAGACAAGAAAUAUUAUUCAGGAAUGGGCGAGCCGACACUACUUCAUUCAAAUCAAGAACAGCAUGCCCAUCUCCGAAAACUGCUAGCACAUGGCUUCUCUAAUUCUUCUUUACAAAAGCAGGAGGCUGUAAUCCAAAAGUAUCUCGAUGUCUUGAUGAACACCCUCAAACACCAGUGUCAAGAUGGGCAGGUUGCUUUGGACCUCAAAGACUGGGUCAAUUUUUUUGUGUUCGAUGUAAUUGCAUAUUUGACAUAUGGACAGUCUUUUAAUUGCCUGGAGACGCGCAACGUGCAUUCGUGGAUCGAACUUGUCCCUAAGCUUGCCAAAUUUAUGGCUCUUAUGCAAGCAGCACAGCGGCUACCAAUCUUCAUCAAACCUCUGUUCUUGCUUUACGGUAUCAGUACAAAUCUGCGGUCGAAUGUGAAAACCAUUCAAGCAAUUAGCAAGGAAAAGGUCGAUUACCGCCUAAACUCACGACCAAUGGUCCCUGAUUUUAUGGAAAAGCUAAUUGAAGAGUAUAAAGAUGGCAGAAUGACCAUGUACCAACUCGACUCUAACGCUUCUUUCCUCAUGGCAGCAGGAAGUGAAACACUAGCGACAGUUCUCACACAUGCGGUCUUCCGGCUUCUAACAAACCCAGGGACUCUGGAGAAGCUUACGACAGAAAUCCGCACUAAAUUCACAUGUGCAGCAGAUAUAACUAUGUCUAGCGUCAAUGAGUGCAAAUACCUACUAGGCUGUAUCGAAGAGACUAUGAGGAUUCAAGCGCCUUCUCCCGCCACACAUCCUCGAUACACAAAUGAUACUGGCGCAGUAAUCGAUGGGUUUCAGGUACCAGGGAAUGUAGCAGUCGGAAUCCCUAUUUACGCGGCGUGCAGAAGUGCCCUCAACUUCUACGAUGCGGAGAGCUUUAUUCCCGAGAGAUGGACGGGAGAAGAUCCGCUCUAUAAUCACGAUCUCAGGGAAGCCGCGCGAGUAUUUUCACUUGGACCCCGGGAUUGUCUCGGGCGGAACUUGGCAUAUGCUGAGCUGAAAUUGGUGAUUGCGCGAUUGGUGUGGCAUUUCGACUUUGAAGUAUGCUUCGAGGCGAACUGGUCAGACCAAAAGGUCUAUAUGGUCUGGGAGAAGCCUCCUUUCAUGGUAAAGAUGGCGCCGGUGCAGGCUAGCUGGGCAACCUGAUUCCAUGAUAAUUGAUAGAGAUUAUUCCCCAGCGAUUUGUGAAUUCCUCCUUGCUUGCAGAAGCUGAGAAUCUUGAUUAGUUAGUAAGAAAUCGCAGCGAUGACGGGACGAUCUUGGGGUCAACAUUCGCUGGGAGUAUAUAAGCUGUUCACUAAAU